AUGGCAGUUGAAGCAACUUCUACACCUUCAAAUGGAAAACCAAAGACGACGCUGCCUCCUGGGAUGGUGAUGGGACCGGACGGCAAACCCUGCAAGAUCUGCACAGCGUUUCGAAACUGGAAGCCAGGAACCACGAACCAUACGGAAGCCGACACCGGAAGAGACAAGGCCAGAGCAGCAGACUACGCAGCGAAAGCCAAAGCUCAAGCCGGUGCUAGCCAGAACAAUUCGACGCGUGCAGCAAUGGGUGCCUUUGCAGGCUUCGCAGCAGCUGCAGCCAACACUUCGGCCAAAUCGACCAACGGCCAAGGCACUACCCAGACCGGAAGUCAACCAGUCGAGGGCACCUCCCAACUAUCCGCAAGGCCCUUGGAACCUCCAGCCGACUGUCCACCCGACGUAGAAGUUCUCGGACGCGCGACCUGGACGUUCCUGCACACUGCCGCCGCCUACUACCCGGACAAACCAACCCCAACCCAACGAGCCAAUAUGCUGAUGCUCCUCCGGUCCCUGCCCAUCGUCUACCCCUGCUCAUGGUGCGCCGACGACUUUGGGAAAAGCAUCGACCACAACCCACCCGACGUCAGCAGCCGCGAACGACUCAGCUUGUGGUUGUGCCAGCGACAUAACGAGGUCAACGAGAAGCUCGGGAAGGAAAAGUUCGACUGUUCCAAGGUGGACGAACGAUGGAAGGAUGGUCCUCCAGAUGGCCGCUGCGAUUAGACAUAUUUCCCAACCUAUUCCCUACAUUUUUGGAGGGUAGAAUUAGAAAGCUUGGCAACUGGAAUUAGAAGUUACAUAACCCCCGAAAUAAUGU